AUGGAAUCAACAUUUCCUGCCUCAAAGCCGGAUUGGUCGAAUGUAGAGGUCAUUCACCGUGGCACGUUGGCUCCAAGGUCGUACUUUUUUCUUUUUGACAACGAGGAGGAUGCCCUGGACAAUGACAUUAAGAAAGCAUGUGCCCUCUGUCUCAGUGGUACUUGGAAAUUUGCGCAUGCUAAUAGCCCAUUUCUGGUAUCAGAAGGGUUUUCAGCUCAAGGAUACGAUGUCUCAACAUGGGCUGGCAUACAGGUCCCUGGAAUCUGGCAACUACAAGGAUGGGGUCAUCCUCAAUACACAAACAUCAAGUAUCCCGUCUUCGUUGAUCCUCCAAAUGCACCUUUCGACAAUAACCAGACAGGAUGCUAUGUCAGGAAUUUUGACAUUCCCUUGCGCCUACGAGGUCAUCAGUUCCGGCUGAGAUUCGAAGGCGUAGACUCUGCCUUCCACGUGUGGAUCAAUGGUCAGCAGGUAGGCUACAGCCAAGGAUCGAGAAAUGCUUCCGAGUUUGAAGUUACUGCGCUGAUUGACGAAUCUGAAACGAACACGAUCGCUGUUCAGGUAUACCAAUAUUGCGAUGGGACAUACCUAGAAGAUCAGGAUCAAUGGAGAUUUAGCGGCAUCUUUCGCGAUGUCUAUCUACAUGCCUUCCCAGAAGCCCAUAUUGAAGAUUUUCGAGUUCAAACACUGCUGGACGAUGACUUUGAGAAUGCCGAGUUGCGUGUUGAGGUGAACACUGUAGGUUCGGGAACGAUCGCUCUGAAACUACUUGGUCCGAAGGGCGAAGUCGUUCUAGAGUCCUCGCAAGCAGUAACGAAGGCUGGGACGACUUUCAGUGAGCAGGUAAGGUCACCACUGAAGUGGACAGCCGAGUCUCCGAACUUGUACAAGCUCGUGCUGUCGUUCAACUCAAGGACAGUCGUUUACAACGUCGGCUUCCGACGUAUCGAGAUCAAGGAUGGUAUCUAUCAGGUCAAUGGAAAGCGUAUUGUCUUCCGUGGCGUCAAUCGACACGAACAUCAUCCUCUGCACGGUCGGGCAGUCCCCUUUGACUUCAUGAAGCAAGAUCUACUGAUGAUGAAGAAACACAACAUCAAUGCCAUCCGAACUUGCCAUCAACCUUCUGAUCCCCGCCUGUACUCGCUUGCUGAUGAACUAGGUCUUUGGAUUAUGGAUGAAGCGGACCUUGAAUGCCACGGCUUCGCUGAAAUUGAGGAAAUGACUUUGGCAGCUGAGCAUAGGGCCAAACCAUUCCAGGAUAGAAUGACCAUGAUCUCCCGGGGGGCCGCCCGUUUCACUUCCGACAAUCCUGUAUGGAGGGAGCAAUAUGUCGACCGAGCACGACGACUUGUAAUGCGCGACAAGAACCAUCCGUGUGUUGUGAUGUGGUCUUUGGGCAAUGAGGCCUUCUACGGCUGUAAUUUCCAGUCCAUGUACGAUGAAAUCAGGUCUAUCGACCAGUCACGUCCCAUUCACUAUGAAGCCGACACAAAAGCGCAGACUGUCGAUCUCUUCUCACGAAUGUAUCCGCAAAUCAAAGAUAUCAUCGAGUUUGCAAAAGAGCCAAAGUUCACCAAACCGUUAGUUCUCUGUGAGUUCGCACAUGCGAUGGGAAAUGGUCCAGGAGCUAUCAAAGAGUAUAUCGAUUCGUUCUAUGAGUAUCCUCGACUGCAAGGAGGAUGGCUUUGGGAAUGGGCGAACCACGGUCUUCUCAGCAAGACCAAGAGUGGUGAAGAAUUCUAUGCUUAUGGAGGAGAUUUCGAUGAUGAGCCUAACGACUAUAAUUUCGUCAUGGAUGGUGUGUUGUUUUCGAAUCAUACACCAACGCCUGGCUUGAUUGAAUACAGCAAAGCUAUUGAGCCUGUCCAAGUCUCGGAUUUGCGGGGUGAAACCUUCACUAUUGUCAACCGCUACGAUACUAUCACAUUGAACCACCUUGGAUGUGAGGCUAUACUAGUUGGCGACAACAACAGACAUCUACUAGGCCAGAUAGAUAUUGAACAGGACAUUGGUCCACACACAAGUUGUCAGGUGGCCAUUCCAACGAAUUUCGAUUUGGAUAGUGCUGGUGGUGAGAGAUAUCUCCAGUUGGACUUUCGAUUGAAGGGGGCAACCCCUUGGGCGGAGGCCGGUCAUCUCGUUUGCUCCAGCCAACUGAAAGUUGAAGGUCCCGUACCACUAUCGCCUCUAAGGACAAAUACUAUGUACACCCCAAUAUUGUCCCGACCCACACUAGCGACGCUUGAGAUCACAGCCGAGACUGUCCGCUUCGUCUUCUCGCUGCAUUCCGGCAAGAUUACAUCCUUUCGCAAAGAUGACACAGAAAUGAUACAUGCCAACAUGGGCCCAGAACUCACACUCUACCGAGCACUCACAGACAACGAUCGCCCACAAGACGGCCGAGAAUGGAAAGAUAAACUCGUACAUCUCGCAAAGACCCAUGUACAAAACGUGGACUGGUGGACGUCAUCAAACUCUGUCGUGCUAGUAGUAAAGGCAAAAAUCGCACCACCAGCUCUCAGCUGGUGCAUCAAUACCACUACGAGGUACACGUUCUCAGGUGACGGAAGCGUGCACAUCAGUUGUAAAGGCUCACCAGAGGGGCAGAAUUUACCUUCAACUCUUCCGAGGAUCGGAUUCGAGUUCGCAACGCCGUCUCCGUUUGACACGGUCGCAUGGUUCGGUCGUGGGCCUGGCGAGAGCUACAAGGACAAGAAGAUGAGUCAACAGUUCGGGAACUGGCGGAGGAGUGUAGACGAUUUGUGGGUAGACUAUGAGUUCCCGCAGGAGGGAGGAAAUCGCACUGAUGUGCGGUGGGUCACGUUCGGGUGUGUCGGCGCCAAUCAAGAGUCCCUAGAGAGUGAGCAUAAUGAGUUUGAGAGUAUGCAUGCCACUGGAGACUCGGGCGGACGCCCGGGGAGUUCCUCGCGUUCAAUAUCCGACAAGAAAUCAUUGACUGCGAAAUUUGGUGCGCAACAGGGAUUCAACUUCAGUGCCAGCCAUUACACGACGAAGGACGUUGACGGAAGCACACAUCCAUACGAGCUGCACCGGAAGAAAAAGGACUAUGUGGUUGUAAGACUCGAUGCCGAUCAUCAUGGCCUGGGUACCGGAAGCUGUGGUCCGAAGACAUUGAAAAAUUAUGCAUUAAAAACAAGCGAUUUUGAGUUCGAUAUUCUUCUGAUCUGA